AGGAACAACAGCAGCAAAGCAGCCGGGGCUGCAAAGGGCAGCCUGCCCAGAGGCCACUUUUCCUUCUGUGGAGAGUUUACAGCGGGGAGUUUCCUGUCUCUGCCGCUCGCCUCGAUUGUCUGUUGCAAACGCGUGGAUUCCUCUGAGCAAGGGGGGGCGAUUGGCUGUUUCUCCUCGGAGUUUGGCGCGCACGGGGGCUCGGCAGUAAUCCUCCCCUCCAUUGACAAGGGCUCUCCCAAAGUGAUCGAGCUCGUUAACUUCUCCCCAAGUCUUUUCGGAGGGGAAAACUGGCGGGAUCUGCUGCAGCCUUCGCUGGAUUUCAGACGCUGCCUUCGUGCGAGGAAAUACUCUUGCGAAGUCCUGGGAAGGUUUUUGUGUGGUUUACGGAAGGUCUCGUCUCCCGCUCCCUUCCCGGCCUCUGGAUUUUGUUACGUCCCCGAAGUAUCAACUCCAAGAUAGAAAGGAUAAGUAGAGAGAUGCUUUCUUAUUUUUACGGAGGGUAUUUUCAGAAAACGGUGGCUUUAAGAGGAUCCACGAAGAAGUAAGUCCAGUCUGCAGACCCAGCCGUUGGCUCAGUUGAAAGUGCUUUCAUGAGUUAACACUGGGCCCAGAUCCACCUUUCGUUUCCUGCAGCCAGGUGUUCUGUAGCCAAGCAAUGGGCCAAAAAAUCUCAGGGAGCAUAAAGUCUGUUGAUGUGAGGGAGCCCCCUUACAGACCUGUCAAACGAGAACUGAGGGGUCCGGAUUUCUGCAAGCCUGCACGUCUGGAUAUGUUGCUGGAUAUGCCCCCAGCCCAUUUGGAGGUUCAGUAUAAACACGCUUGGAACAAUGAAGAUCGAUCCUUAAAUAUAUUUGUGAAGGAAGACGACAAACUGACAUUUCAUAGACAUCCCGUUGCCCAAAGCACGGACUGCAUCCGGGGCAAAGUUGGCUAUACGAGGGGCCUACAUGUCUGGCAGAUUCACUGGCCUACCAGACAACGGGGGACACAUGCUGUGGUUGGAGUGUCGACAGCAGAAGCUCCCUUGCAUUCUGUAGGAUAUACGUCAUUGGUUGGAAGUAAUAGUGAAUCAUGGGGCUGGGACCUCGGACGCAACAAACUUUAUCAUAACUGUAAAAAUCAGCCUGGGGUGACGUAUCCUGUAUUUUUGGAACCAGAUGAGUCUUUUGUACUACCAGACUCCUUACUGGUAGUUUUGGAUAUGGAUGAAGGGACACUUAGCUUCAUUGUAGAUGGACAGUACCUUGGAGUUGCCUUCAGGGGACUAAAAGGGAAAAAACUGUACCCUGUAGUCAGUGCAGUUUGGGGGCACUGUGAAAUUACAAUGAGAUACAUCAACGGACUUGAUCCGGAACCCCUGCCUUUAAUGGACCUGUGCCGAAGAUCAAUCCGCUUUGCUCUGGGCAGAGAACGCCUGCAUGAUAUAGAAAUUCUACCUUUGCCUCAGUCUCUGAAAAAUUAUUUACAAUAUCAGUAA